AUUCAGUCAUAAGCACUGCGUUGAACGAGUCGUGUGUUUUAUGUUUGUUGUGUGUUUUACCAGCAGCGCUUUCAUAAUAAAUAUAAAUAUAAAUAAAGUAAAAAUACAAAACUGACUUGUUUUCUAUUAAAACAUUUUUUUUUUGUAAAGAAAAAAAUCUUAUAAGAAAUUGUGACCAACACCAACUCCAAUUUGAAUAAAAUAAAAUAAAAAAUAUCGAGUAGACAUUAAAUGAACUAGUUUUGAUAUUCCUUGUUUAAAAAAAGUGAAAUUUUGUACACAUUUUUGCCAAAAAAGAAAGAAAAAGUUUUAUAAAAUUCAAGUGCAAUAUUUUUCGUAUAUGUAAGGAUUAGACGUCGAUUUUUCGAUUUGAUUUAAACGCCAAAUCUUAAACAACAGCAAAACAUUCCAAAUUAUUUAUAAAAACCAAAAAAAAAAAUUCACACACAAAAAUCAUGAAUGGUCAAACCAUUGAAUCAAGCGCAAAUGGUGAUAUUUUAUCACAAAAUCAACAGAAAGGCUGGUGGACAAUCGGAUUGAUAAAUGGUCUGUAUAAAUAUAUGACCGCAGAAACGUUUGGAUACAAAUUGAAUGCAAAUGGAGCUAGUUUAAAGAAAAAACAGCUAUGGACAUUAGAACCGUCGAAUACCGGAGAAAGCAUAAUCUACCUGCGCUCACACAUGGGCAAAUAUUUGUCAGUGGAUCAAUUCGGUAAUGUUCUCUGCGAAUCGGACGAACGUGAUACCGGCAGCCGUUUUCAAAUUAGCAUAGCCGAGGAUGGAUCUGGCCGCUGGGCAUUGCGCAACGAAUCGCGUGGAUAUUUCUUAGGUGGCACGGUCGAUAAAUUGGUUUGUACCGCCAAAGCACCGUCCAAAGGCGAAUUCUGGACCGUUCAUCUAGCAGCAAGACCACAGGUAAAUUUACGCUCCGUUGGUCGAAAACGAUUUGCACAUUUAUCUGAAUCGCAAGACGAGAUUCAUGUUGAUGCCAACAUUCCGUGGGGCGAAGAUACGUUGUUUACAUUAGAGUUUCGAGUCGAUGAAGGUGGACGGUAUGCACUACAUACCUGUAAUAAUAAAUACCUCAAUUCCAACGGAAAAUUAGAGUCACUUUGCACCAACGAUUGUUUGUUCAGUGCUGAAUAUCACGGUGGUCAUCUUGCUUUAAGAGACCGUCAUUCAUUGUAUCUCUCACCAAUCGGAUCCAAGGCUGUUCUUAAAUCACGUUCGCAAACAGUUACCCGAGAUGAAUUGUUCUCGCUCGAAGACUCGCUACCACAAGCAUCAUUCAUUGCGGCACUCAAUUCGAAAUACGUUUCCGUCAAGCAAGGAGUCGAUGUCACUGCCAAUCAGGACGAAAUCGGUGAAAACGAAACAUUCCAGCUGGAAUUCGAUUGGUCGGCCCAUCGUUGGGCAUUGCGUACCACUCAGGAUCGAUAUUGGUGUUUGGAGAGUGGUGGUGGCAUUCAAGCGGUUGGCAAUCGUCGCAGUGCAAACGCUCUGUUCGAAUUGAUCUGGCACGGUGAUGGUUCGCUAUCGUUUCGUGCAAACAACGGGAAAUUCUUUGCAACGAAACGUUCUGGCCAUUUAUUUGCCACAUCUGAAACUAUUGAGGAAGUUGCCAAGUUCUUCUUCUAUCUAAUUAAUCGUCCUAUAUUGGUACUUAAAUGUGAGCAAGGCUUUGUCGGCCUACGGCAGGGAUCUACGAAAUUAGAAUGCAAUAAGGCUACAUACGAAACCAUUGUUGUGGAACGGGCAGAGAAGGGAAUCGUCUAUUUCAAAGGCCAAAAUGGAAAAUAUUGGCGAAUCGAUGGCGAUACAGUCAGUGUUGAUGGAGACGUACCAACAGAUGGAUUUUAUUUAGAAUUAAGAGAACCUACACGUAUCAAUAUCAGAUCAACUAAGGGACAAUAUCUGGGAGCUACGAAAAAUGGUAACUUUAAAGUAUGUGAUGGUGGUCAAGAUUCCGCGACUCAAUGGGAAUAUUAAACUAUUUAUAUGUAUUUGUGUGUGGGCGUUUAAACUAUUAUAACUUCAUUUUUCUAUCAUAUAAUUAUAUUUGUAUCAACCUAUAAAUUAAAAGAAGAAUUAAAACGAAAAAAAAAAUGGAAAAUUACUUACAAUAAUAAACAUUUAAACUAUCUAAAACAAAAUAUGGAAAAAAUGGUACUUGAACAGCUCUGCUUCUAUUUAUAACUGUAUUUAAAAGCGAAGACAACAAAAUGGCAAACAUAAAAUAUUUACCUACGUUAUUAUUGGGCUAGACA